AUGGUGCUUCAUAAGAACAAAUGGGACAAAAAGGCUUCAAAGCUUCAUGAAAAGAAGCUGGGACAGAAGGACUCUAAGGCUGCAACUGAGGAGAAAGAGAAAACGCUAGCCCGCGCUGCAGCACGUGCGGGGUCUCGAACAAACCAUGUAGCAUCAGCCACGUCAUCAGCACCGUUGGAAGCUUCAAAAUGGCCGGCUCCUGGUGGCAGCAAUAGCGGCGGUAGUGGUAUUGGUAGGAGUAGUGGUGCACAAGGUGAAACCGCGAAUACUGCAACUACAACCGUGGCAGAAGGUGAAGCUCGGGAGCCGACGUCACAAUCGGAGUCUGAGAGUGAUAGCGCCGAGGAAGGGGAAAAUCCGUCUCGAUACAGCAGAAGAAAGAAGAUAGCCUCAAACGCCUGGAGAUAUGAGGAACCUGAGCCUGAGCCUGGUGAAGAGCCCGAGGAAGUCGUUCCGGAACCCGACUACGUUGGUUUGACAAGAGACAAAUUUCAAGCAAUCGAAGAAAGAGAGCAGGAGCGAGAAGAGAUCAUUGAUAUAUGGGAUCAUGAUAGUGGCGUGAGAAGGGGUCAUGUAGACAUGGAUCUCGCCCCGAAGGGCAACAUUGUUAAGGUCAAUCGGGACGACUUCAAGGAUGUCACGGAAAAGAUAGCCAAGCAAGCUACUGCGGAUAGGUUCCGGCAAAGAUUUGCGACUCGCAAGACGGCAGCCAGAUCCAAGGACGAAACAAUAAAUUUUAACGAUCACGAAGAUGAGUUGGAUCAGUUGAUUGGGAACAUGGAUCUAAAAGGUAAACAUUUGGGACAGUUGACAGAGACACCCCGGAGCUCUAAAAACACUGCCUCGACAGAUAAUACCUCGUCUACGGCUACGAAGACUAGUUCCGGCACUCAACACCUGGACGAUGACUGGUUAGACGAUAUGUUACGGUGA